AUGUCUUCUCCAAAAACUCGUGCCAAGGGCUCCUCUUCUUCUCGAUCUCCUGCUUAUCUUACUGGAGAUGGGGUCGAUGAUCAUGCAAUCGAGGUUCGUAGUAAACUUCACCUAUAUGCAUGGAAGAAUUUGGAUGAAAACGUCCUUCAUCUGUUUGAAAACACCCUUGUUAUGGGUCUUCACUGGUUUGGCUCGGUGCCGGAAGAAAUGGCAAUUUGUUCAAGGAAGAUGCUGAGGCUCAUCUGUGCUUCCAAAGUUCUACGGCUCUGUCUUCUCAUACCUGGAGACGAGAACUUGCUUGCUGCUACUUUGUGCUUCUGGAAUUCCGCCAGCAACACCUUCGAUUCUCGUCUGGGUUGCAUUACUCCGACUCUGCUGGAUCUGGCUCAAAUAUUUGGGUUCAGGGCCCAUCAGAGGCCUGCUGAUGCUGUUGGUGACUACCAUAAAGGAAAGAAUCGAGGGAGAUUGGCCAAGCCUUUCCCCAUUCCUGCUGCCACGAUUAAUCAGAAUUGUUCCUUCUCCAAUUUUUUAAAGAAGUUUAGUACUGAAAAGGAUAAGGAUCAGUAA